AUGGAUAGUGUGGAAUUUUCGCUGGAAUGUUGCUGGCUACUGGAUGCAUACGGGGCUGGUAUAAUUCGAAAAUUGAAGCGAAAAUCCCAGGGACACCGUCUGCGGCAAGCGAUUUUGAACGAAUUUCGUGACAUCUCAAAUGGUGUGAAAAUUUUCACGAAACCUCCAUCACCGUCACGUCAACGACGCCUCCGAUCACGCUCCGAAGCAGUUCUUCCAGUUGCCGGUGGCAGCAAAUUGCAGCAGCAAGCGGAUCCAAGGAAU